AUGGCGGACGACGUUGUUUCGAUUAACAUAACUGAAACGAUUACAAGAACAAGAUUAUCCCCAAUACAACCUGAACGUUCCAUUUGCAAAGUCCCUAAUUAUCUUCGAAAGGUAGAUGAGACGGCCUAUGAACCAUUGCAACUUGCAAUCGGUCCUUACCACCGCGGUAUGUUUCACUUAGAAGCAAUGGAAGAGCUUAAGUUUCGGUUUCUUCAAAAGCUACUGGAAGAAAGAGAGGAGAUCAAUGAUGUCUCAAAAUAUGUUAAAGCAAUGAGAGAAUUAGAGACAAAAGCUCUCAAUUGCUAUGCAGACCCUGCAAAUCUUGAAUCAGAUGGUUUCUUUAAGGUGGAUGGUUUGUGUUUCUCCUUACGCCGUGAUUUGUUAUUACUUGAAAAUCAAAUUCCCUUCUUUGUUGUAUUGGAGUUACUUGGGAUAAUUGGGAUUUCUGAUAAAAAAGAUUUCACUAGAAAGAUUUUGGGAUUCUUGGAGUUCACAUUACCAGAUUUAAGGUUAUUGAAAGUUGGUGUAAAGUCGAUCGGUGAAAUCAGACAUCUACUGGACUUGAUACAUGAAUACUGGCGUCCUUCACCUGUAGAAAUUGAGGCCCGUCGAAAUAUCGAAGAAACGGAUACCAGGCUCACACGUUGUGCCACGGAACUCAAAGAGGCUGGAAUCAAGUUUAAAAAGGUGAAGGGCGAGAGCUUGUUUGAUAUUAAGUUUGAAAAAGGGACUCUGAAAAUCCCAACCUUGAACAUCGAUGACGACACAAACUAUUUGCUUCGAAAUCUCAUUGCCUUGGAGCAGCUUUUCCCUGCGGAGAUAUAUGUGGAAACGCUCACACACUAUGGAAUUGUUGACAACCUUUUAGGUGAUAAUGAAGCAGCUGCUACCAUGUUUAAUAGGCUUGGUGACUCAAUAAACUACUCCUCCUUAACCUACUCCUACCGUGAAGUACCUGACAAAGUGAACGCAUAUUGCAGAAGACGCAGGAACAAAUGGCUUGCCAACUUGAAUCACAACUAUUUCAACAGUCCUUGGGCACUUAUUUCCGUUCUUGCUGCUACCGUUAUCCUUCUACUUACACUCAUGCAAACCAUAUUUUCUGGAAUUGCUCUUUCUACGUAA